UUGACCACAGACAUUUGACAGAUCAUAGACAACUGACAGAUUGACAACACUCCACAGGAAUUUGAUAUUCUCAAGAUUUAUUUACUUUAAUGAAGAGAAAAUAUUGAAAAAUUGAAAAUGGAAAGUGAUAAAUAUACAACAAAUUCCCAUCCCUUAAUGUAUUCAGUGUCCCCAGAUUUCCCUGAUCUCAUACCUGAAAAACCUAAACGGGGACUUUUAAAUUCGGAUCAAAAUAAUUCAUUUACUCCUUCUAGUCCUAAUACAACUUUGGAGGAAAGUGUGGAAUCUCAAAAUUCACAAACAGAUAUAGCAUAUUUAGGAUAUAAUGCAGAUUCACCAGAUUUUCCUGAUAGCCCAACCGCUAUGAAGAAAUUAUUGCAGUUUGAAUUACCUGUAGAAGUAUCUUAUCAUGAUACAAGUGAUAAUGAGAAUGAAAAAUCAGUAUAUGAAGCCCAUUUAAGUGAAAACUUUCAAAAUGUGAGCUUGACAAUGAAUGAAAAAGAAGGAAAUCUGAAUUUUCUCAGUCAAAACAAGAAAAGUAAUAAAUUGAGAAGAAUAAAAGUAGAACCUACAAAGCUAAAUGAUGAUAGUGAAGUGUCUUCAAUUGAUAGUAAUAGUGACAGUUUGAAGUCAGAAGAUGUAUUCAAUGGAGAUCUUAAUAAUAUGGAGGAUUUGGAGACUGAAGAUGAUUAUCAAAUAACAGAACCCAUAGAACCUCUGAGUGCAGCAGAUGAAAGAAGGCAUGCAAGAUAUUGGCAAAGAAUGGUAUUACCUGAUGGGGAGCAAAGGACAAUCGAUAUGAGGGUCAUAGAACCUUACAAAUGCGUUCUUUCACAUGGGGGAUAUCUUAGGGCAGGGGGACACACCGCUAUUGUUAUAUUUUCUGCUUGCCACCUACCAAGUGAUUCUAGAAUCGAUUAUGAAUACGUCAUGGACAAUCUAUUUCUAUAUGUGUUAUGGACCCUUGAACGACUUGUUACUGAUGAUUAUGUUUUGGUAUAUCUGCAUGGAGGCGCAACCAAAGUACCAGCGUUCAGAUGGAUCAAACGGUGCUAUCAGAUGGUUGGCCGAAAAUUGAAAAAGAACCUCAUACAUUUGUAUUUAGUGCAUCCAACCCUUUGGAUCAAAACUAUGUUGUUCAUGGCUAAACCUUUCAUUAGUUCAAAAUUUUAUCGUAAGAUAACAUAUGCCAACACCCUUAGAGAAUUGAUGGCCCGUGUUCCACUAGAAGCAGCUGCUAUUCCAGACAAAGUAAAGAUGCAUGAUACCCUUCGUAAGAAGUAAUUAGUAUAAUGUGUACAUAUAAUGAGAACGGAACAUUCCAAAAGCUUUAAUAUUAAAACGUGGCUGUAGAAAUCAAUAUCAUUUAUGAAUGCUCUCUGUGAAAGAAUAUGUUAGAUGAGGUCUGGAUUUUAAAUUGAGUAGCCUCUCAUGAGUAAUAUUAUAGUUUUUGUACCAAUUGAAAUGUACAUAAUUUCUUUGCGGAUUAAUGACGAUUGCUUUCUUUUUCUUCUGUUCAUGAGAUGUUUUAUGGCUUUUUCCUCUAUUCUCCAUUAUUAAAAAAAAAAAAUCAAACUUCCUUGUGAUAUGUUUUUCUGUGAAUGUAGUCGUGUAUUAUUUAAAGUCGAAUUCUGAAAGAUUAAUUUUCAAAAUUAAUGUUAUACUCGAAAGUAUUUAUUCAUUUUUAUAUUAUUUUUUUAUGUUUAUUUUUAGAAGUUACCAUAUUUUUUGUACUUCAGCUAUUCCGCAGAUUUCGCAAAUAUUUUAUAUUUGUAACAUUUUUCAAAUUCCUUUCAUACUAGCGAAUUUUAUUUCACAAAAUUGUUAUUUUUUACUGCACUAGACUUAUUUUUUUAUGUCACUUCAUUAUUUUUUCGCUUUAAAUGCGUUUUUUGUAAUAUUGCAGAAAAAAUUUCAUUAUUCAAUGGUACAUUGAUCAGUUUUUGUAUUAAAAACAAGAUUAUUUUGAAAAAUGUGUUAUUCUGUCUUUCAAUGAUUCAAAAAAAUGUUUUUUUGGUUUACUAGAUCUUUAUAUGUAUAUAAAGCUAUUUUCUAUUAAUUUCAUAUUUCUACUACCAAAAAUCAAAAACUAUGGGAUGAUGAAAACCUCGUUGAGUGUUCCUUAAAACGCGGAAAUGAUUUUGCUGACUUCAGUAGGUACCUUCUUGUAUAAUGAACAAAUGUUUAUUCUUCAGCUUUGGCAAGAAAUUUUUAAAAAUUACAAUAAAGAAAUUAAAUUAUGCAAAAAUUUUUUGAAAAUUAGAGUCAUCAUAAAGGAACAUAUACUGAACACUUAUUCCUAUCAUCAAACUUUAGUUCAAGAUACAAUUAUGUGAUACCACAUAUUGAAAAUUUGGUGUAUGGUUGAAAAGUGAUCUUCUGUGUUGACCAUCAACUCUAAAUUUUUCACUAAACAGCUGUAAAUUCACUUUCAAAACGCCUGAACAAUCUUCAACAUGCUAUUGUGAUAGGGAAACACUUGUAGUGGUUUAAAAACUUUUGGUGUAAAUCAUUUAAUUCUGUUUUUCAGUUCAAAACUCAAAAAAUUUGAUUGAUAUUUUUUUGUACUUCAAUUAUCGUAUGCACAUUAACCAAUGAAAUAUCCUGUCCUAUUAUUUUUUUGUCAUCAUAUUUACGAAUUAUAUCUGUGUUUUUGAUUGGUUUCCAAUAUGAAAUUGAGUAUUGAAAGAAGAAUUCCUUGUAUGAAUAUGAAUAUCAAAAUUCAGGCUCUAGCAAAAUUUUGAAAAUUCCAAGGACAAAUAGACUGCCAAACUAUAUUUUUGAAAUAUUUAUAUUGUCCGUAAAUUUUGGGAUAUGACGCUGUAUGUGACCAUAUCUAACUUUGAUGGAAAGUUUCUAAAUUUUGAAAGUUCAGACAUGGAUGGUUCAAAAAAGUAUAUGUUGUAUAUCCAGUUUUUCCUCUGCCAAUUCUGAUAGCUACAUCGAAAAUACGUGUUUUUAAGAAGAAAAACUUAACAUUAACAGUAAAAAUACCUCAUUUGUUGUGGAUGAAGUACAUUAUUUUUUAUUUUGCUGUGAUUUUAUAUUUAUUGUUGUUGGAUAUGUGUGUGAGUAAUUUGUUCUGAAUAUCCUGUUGUAUAUUGAAAAUGAAUUUCAUUGCAAUUUACGAUAGUAGCAAUAAAGGAUUAGUAUUUUAUUAUUUGAAUUGAGUAAAAAAAUGUAAUGAAAUAUGGCCAGUUAAAUGUACUUAAAUAAAUUUGUUUAUUUAAUACCCA